AAUAUGGCAACUUCCACAAGACCGCGACGCGCUGCAAGCACCAAACGUUCUGUCAGCCCUGGGUCAGCAACCCCAAGCACGAGAAAGAAACGACCAGGAACGAAUUAUCAAAAACCAAGGGGAAGAGACACGGAGACUAUCGGAAGAGAGGCGGCGGUUAUGGAAGGCGGCAGUAAAUAGAAAGGACAUCAGAUCGGAGGAGAAGUGGGAUCGAACCACGCUUUGCGCUAAACACUUUGUAGAUGGAGAAAAAGCAUAUCUGCACGAUAGAUUAAAUCCUUCCUGGCUACCAACACUUAACCUGGGCUACACAGCAUGUACUGUCCCAGAAUCUGCCAUGAGACGAUACGAGCGUGCCGUUCAGCGCAAGGAAAGGAAGGAAUUAUCAGAUGCAGCUCCAUCACUGUCAAGCCCAAAGAAACCUAGACUUGCUUCGAAAUCUGGAACACUUGCAGAGAACAGCCACAUCAAUGGCAUUAAUAGUUUAGAUCCCUCACUUAUUGCAGAAGUUGAAGUUAAAGUGGAACCGCAAGGUGCAAAUUUAGAAGUACACAAUUGUACAAGUAAUACCAAAGAGACGCAGACUGAAUUAACCGCAAAAGACAUUGAGAAUAUUGAAAAUGAUAACAGAGCUAGAGUGGCAGAAGCAGGCAGCAAACCACCUUUCGGACGGCAUGGUUUAUACAGUUUUGAGGCAUACGAGAAUAAUCCUGAUAAAAUUUCUUUUUACACAGGCUUGCCUAGUUUCGAAACCUUGAAACUUGUUUUUGACUAUGUAGAAGCGCACAUGACUGAAACAAGAAGUCUGACAAAGGAAGCCCAAUUCAUGUUAUGCCUUAUAAAACUAAAAAUGAAUUACACCAUCCAAGACAUUGCAUAUCAGUUAGACGUGUCACAUGUUACAGUCUACAGACAUUUCUAUUCCACUCUCAAUCUCCUACACCAAAGGCUGAGUUUCAUAGUGAAGUGGCCAGAUAGGGAAACACUGACAGCUUCAAUGCCAGCGACUUUCAAGGAAGACUUUGGGGAUAAGGUUCUCUUUGUUUUUGAUAGCUUUGAGCUCAGUGUGGAGAAACCUAAUGCCCAUAUAAGCAAGGUGUGUGGCUUUUCAAGUAACACAUGUCCAGAUACAGUAAAGUACCUGAUAGGGAUAUCGCCCCAAGGCACAGUUACUUGCGUUUCUGAGAGUUGUAACUUUGAAACCUCAGAUAGACAAAUUGCUGAAGAAUCGGGAAUGCUUGAUAAUUUCCAACCAGGCGACUUUGUUAUGAUCGACAAGAGGUUUUCUACUGAUACAGCCGAAUCUUUUAAUUUGUACCAAGCAGAAUUGGCAGGUACUACAUCGGGAAAAAUACAGUUAUGCCCUCUGGAUGUGAAAAAGAAGCGUAAAAUUGCUGGUUUGAAAAUUCGCACAGGGCGUCUCAUUGGACUUAUUUGUAGCAAAUUCAAAAUAUUUGACAAUAUUCCUGCAGAGUAUUUAAAAGUGAGAAGUGGAGAGAGUGAGCCUAACAUUGACAAGAUUUUGAAAAUCUGUUGUUGCCUUACAAAUUUGUGCCCUUCUGCAGUUUCCUAUGACUGAAAAAAAGGCAAAUUCAUUAGACCAUGCUUGCAAAACAUAAUUGAAAAAAUGUCUGCUAUUUCUUUAUUAUUAUUAUAAUUUUUUUAAAUAAUGUGAUGAAUAAAUACUGAUGAAUAAAUACUACCAUU